AGGAUUCUGGCAAUAAAUAUAAGAAUGAUAAUAUUAAAAUUGUAGAUAUCAGUAAAGAUGAUAAAAUCAUUGAUAUUGAUGAGGAUAAUAAAAUUAUAGAUAUCGAUAAUAACAAUGAAAUUAUAAAUAUUAUAGAUAUUAGCAAUAAUGAUAUAAAAAUAAUAGAUAUUAGUAAUGAUAAUGAA